CUGGCACUUUCCAGACUUUCCAAGUGAUCCAGAGGCCUGGAUCCGAAAAACUCAAAAUACCCUCACGCAGUUUUCAGUAACAUUGCGCUCCAUAGCAGACGGCGUGCGCAGCAGACACCAACACCAUGGAUUCGCGCGGGCCACCGAGGGUCAAAAACAAGGCGCCGGCGCCGGUGCAGAUCUCGGCCGAGCAGCUGCUUCGCGAAGCUGUCGACCGACAGGAAACUGCCAUCCAGAAGCCGACGCAGCGGUUCGCCGACCUUGAGGAGCUGAAGGAGUACCAGGGUCGGAAGCGCCGCGAGUUUGAGGACUACAUUCGCCGCAAUCGCGUCCGCCUGGCAAAUUGGUUCCAAUAUGCCCAGUGGGAGCUCGAGCAGAAGGAGUUUGCCCGCGCUCGAUCGGUCUUCGAGCGCGCUCUCGAUGUGCAUCCCAACAAUACGCAACUCUGGGUCAGGUACAUCGAGGCCGAGAUCAAGAACCGGAAUAUCAACCAUGCUCGCAACCUCCUGGACCGCGCAGUCACCCGGCUGCCACGCGUCUCCAAGCUCUGGUACAAGUACCUAUGGGUCAUGGAGAUGCUCGGCGACAUCCCGGGCACCCGCCAAGUAUUUGACCGGUGGAUGAGGUGGCAACCCGACGAGGACGCGUGGAAUGCUUACAUCAAGCUGGAGAAACGCUACGGGGAGUACGAUAGGGCGAGACAGAUCUUCAGCGCCUUCACUCAGGUGCACCCCGAACCGAGGACCUGGUUAAAGUGGGCCAAAUUUGAGGAGGAGUAUGGCACCACCGACAUGGUCCGUGAGGUGUUCCAAACUGCCAUCCAAACCAUUGCCGAGACGCUGGGCGACGAUGAGGUGGACGAGAGGCUGUUCAUCGCCUUCGCGAGGUUCGAGGCCCGCCAUAAGGAGUACGAGAGGGCGCGUGCCAUCUACAAGUUCGGUCUCGACAACCUGCCACGUUCUAAAUCAAUGGCCCUGCAUGCACAGUACACGACGUUCGAAAAACAAUUCGGCGACAGGGAGGGUGUUGAAGACGUCGUAAUCACAAAACGGAGGAGGCUUUAUGAGGAACAAGUCAAAGAGAACCCCAAAAACUACGACGUCUGGUUCGAUUUCGCCCGGCUCGAAGAAAGUGGCGGCGACCCAGACCGUGUUCGGGAGGUCUAUGAGCGGGCCAUUGCCCAGGUCCCCCCAACCCAGGAGAAGCGCCACUGGAGGAGGUACAUCUUUCUUUUCCUCUUCUAUGCGAUAUGGGAAGAGCGGGUGACGAAAGACACGGAGCGUGCGCGGCAGAUCUACGACACUGCUUUGGGGCUCGUCCCUCACAAGAAGUUCACUUUCGCAAAGCUAUGGGUCGCGAAGGCGCAUUUCGAGAUCCGACAGGGGCAGCUGACCGCGGCACGAAAGGCUUUGGGCCGAGCGAUCGGCAUGUGCCCUAAAGACAAGCUGUUUAAGGAAUACAUCUCCCUAGAGCAGCGGCUCUACGAGUUCGAGAGGUGUCGGACUCUGUACGAGAAACACGCGCUGUACAACCCGGCAAACUGUCAGACCUGGAUCAAGUGGGCCGAGCUUGAGCGAGGUCUGGACGACCUUGACCGGACCCGGGCUAUCUUCGAGAUUGCUAUCGGGCAGCCAAUCUUGGACAUGCCCGAGGUGGUCUGGAAGGCCUACAUUGACUUUGAGGAGGAAGAGGGCGAAUACGACAGGACUCGCACGCUGUAUGAGCGCCUGCUCGAAAAGGCCGACCACCCCAAGGUCUGGAUCAGCUACGCACAGUUCGAGAUCAACGUCCCAGACGAGGGUGCGGAGGAGGAAGACGAGGAAGCUGAAGAGCGGCCAGUCAGCGAGGAGGCCAAAGCGCGGGCCCGCAAGGUCUUUGAGCGUGCGCAUAAGAGCAUGAAGGACCGCGACCUCAAGGCCGAGCGCGUGUCGCUGCUGACGGCCUGGCUGGAGUUCGAGAAGAUGCAUGGCUCGCAGGAGGACAUCGAGAAGAUCCAGAAACAGAUGCCGCGCAAGACCAAGAAGAAGAGAAAGCUGGACGACGAUACAUGGGAGGAGUACGUCGACUAUAUCUUCCCGGCCGACGACCAGCAGAACAAGAACCUGUCGAACCUGCUUGCUAUUGCAAGUGCUUGGAAGCAAACCGGAGGGAAGGCUAUCGGGGGCGAUUGAAGGAGGGUGUUUGAAGCACCAACUUGUCGACCCAGUGUAACUAGCGCAUUCUUUGCUCGUCUCGUGACGCUGGCGUCUUUCGGUAUUGUACAUCACC